CAUUUUCUUGGUGUUCUUAUGGUGUUUUUUGGGCUGCGUCAGUUGCGUCGCGUGCCGUUGCGGAGCAUGUAGGCUGGCAAGAUGUCGUGCUUACGGUAUAUGCAACGCCGGGCGCGUGCCAGGGGCUUCAACGCUGCUCCCUACUUCACACUACAGAGGGAAAUAUGCGAACAGAACAUGGUCAUCGCGAGCAAGCCGCCUGAGCAAAUGUUGGUGAUUAUUCAGCCAGAGCUGGUGACAUCAGAACUUGGACCUCUAUACCUACGAUUGCAGACCCUUGAUCGCCUGUCAGUGGCCUUCUGUCCUGAUGAACAGCUGUACCAAGAGGCACUGCGCAUUCUUCUGGCUCUGCAGCAAAAACUACAGUACCAGUCUCAUCUGGGCUCAUCAUUGGAUAUUGUCGAUGGCUCGGAUCAAAGUCGCCCUGCCGCCGUUAUGAAGCUGUUGGUGCAGCUUAAUGGCAUUGAGAUCUUGCUGCGGAUCAUUAUGCAGUAUAGCCUGCUUCCUAGAGAGACUGCUGUCAAGCAUGUGAACAAUUCUCGCUACCUCAUACUACAGAGCCAUUGUGUUGAAGUUCUACAUAGGCUCUGUGUAGAUGAUACAAAUGUAGCGCGGGAACUUUCCCAUAAAGAAGCACUUUUCCAGGGCCUGCUGUCUCUGCUGCAGUUCAGUGAAACCUGCUUGGUAGCAUGUGACCUCAUAGAAUGCCUCUUGCUUUCACGCCGCGAGGUUCUAAAUCUUACCACCAUACCCAACAUAACCAGCCUGAUUGCCAAUAUGAAUGACAUUCAGCUGGCCAAUUUCUGCAAAGUUCUGGCCAUCAGCCUAUCAGACCUGGAUGUGUACGAGCACAAGACAUCAUUGUAUGCCCAGUGCAAGGAGAAAAACCGCAACAAUUUCUCCUGUGUUCGCGACAUCAAUCAAGAGGUCAUCUUAAAUGUACCUGGAAUCCUCAAGCGUCUGGUCAUGAUUGCUUGUGCAAAACCUUACACACCGAGGUUCCCAGCUAUUGCCGGUGAAAUGAACCACUGGAUGCAGUGGAUUGAAAACCAAGUUAGCACUUCAGGCAUUGGCUCUGAGCUGGACUUCGUGGGUGGGAUCUCUCAGUGGAAUAGAGAAAGCAGCCGCUUCCAGCAUGAAGCUGCACUAAAGAUCUCGGCAGAAAUGACAUUCCGUGCAGAGGCUGUCUACAUACUGGGUUUACUGCUUGUUGGAAAACGCAGGAAGGAGGUGCAGAGGGCGCUGGCAUCACUUCGAUUAAUCCCACAGCUGUCGGAUCUGUUUGACCACUUUGUAUGGAAAUACAAUACCAUGAGAGGUCAAGAUAGGGGUCGCCUACCAGGUCACAACAUUAACUGCGAGUGCAGUCCUGAAGUUGCCCUCAAGAUUCAGGUGCUAAGACUGGUGCACAGUUUUUGUGAACAUGCUGAGUACAAGCAUGUCAUGCUCUCAUGGAGUGAAUACAGUGAACUUAAAAGGAAUGAACUAGCACGAAGUGUUGAAAGUCCAAGCCUUGAUCGCAACUUGAUGUGCACUGGCAGCAAGGGCCUCCUGACCAAAAUAGUUGAAGUACUCAAGAAGGAAGCAGGUAGCUCCACCUUUAGGUUCUGGCUGUCACGUGCCAUUGAAAGUUAUCUGCGUGGGUGCACCAGUAGUGCUGAUCAAGACUUCCUCCUCUCCAGAGGCCUACUGCAGCUGGUCGCUGGCAACCUAGUCAACUGUAAUGUCCGCCAGAAAGAAGUGCUUCAGAGCAGUUUCGACCUCCUGGGCGAGCUGGUCAAGUUCAAUCUAAGGGCAUUCCGGCAGCUUGACAAGAUCUUGAGCACCGAGGCAAAGCAACGGAAGCUACUCACGCUGGUCAAUGGCUACUUGGUGGACUCCAACAUGUUUGUUCGCAGCCUGGUUCUCUCCCAGGAGCACCUGUCUGUGUCAGAUGACUAUGAAGCCCGAGAGUAUGCUGAAAGGAGCAGCUAUGUGCUUAGCCAUAUUGGGGACCAACGAAACCGCAUUCGUUAUCUCAAAAAGUUGGUUUCUCUUGUCACGAUCUCCAACCUCACACAGGAGAAUGUGAGCUGCGUGAACACAGCCCUAGUGCUGCUCAUCUUUGCACAACAGCGUGGUCAACUGGUUAGUUACCUGCAUGCACUGCGGGGCCCACCUCCACCGGGUGCGGCCAGCAAGACAGCCUGCAAUGCUAGUGCGCCUGCCAGUGUCCCGGCUGGCUCCACAGCAGCCACAGCCACAGCUUCAUCAGGCAGCCUGUUGCAAAACCUGCUUGAGCUUCUGCACUUCUGGCAGGAGCACUACCUCCAUAAGGACAAAGAUUGCUCUGCCCUUGAAAAGAGCUCACGAAUUGGAUUCCAUCGGUGGAAGGCCAUGGUGAACACACUCGUCUCAGAGGACAUUACCAGUCCUGUGUCCCUUGUCUACCAUGUUCACCCUGGGCCCAGCACCCGAGACAGUUGAUGGACCGGCUGCUAUGCAUUGGCACAGUGCAGCCCAAGCACUGAGCAUGUGGAUGUAGUACUACAAACUAUGUUCAGUAAUCAAAUGGGCCCUGUGUGCUGAGUAGAGUUGGUUAAAAAGCAAUUGUUGAACUCAUCCUGAGAUUGACAGUGUUCACUGGAGCAUGCUCAGUCAUUCAUUCCAUCUGCAUUCACUAAAGAACAUCUAAUAGAUGGCUAAAGAAAGCAGCCAGGUACAGUAAACAUUCAUCUUGGCCACACUUGAUGAUUGAAGCAUCCUUGGCCUCUUGGGCUGUUUAAUAUGGAUGUUGAGAUUUCUAUGUACUGUCAACGAAUCUCUUUGCUGUCAAGGGUCCUAUGUUAACUAAGCAAUAGAGCACUCAUGGGAGCUAGUUUCUUUUGAUGGUAAAGUCACUAGAUAACAAACUGCCAUUCUGUACAUUGUGCAGAGCUGAAUCCCA